CUGAAGAAAGAAGUUGUUACAAGAAGUUUGAAAGCAAAGAAUUCCUUUUCCUUUGCAAUACAUUUCAGUAUUCAAACCCAAAUCUUGGUAUAAAGCAAUGUAUAAAACCACAAGUAAAGACUUCUCUUAAUUAAAAACUUGCAUGUUUAAAAGUGCACCCAAACACUUUUCUCCCUUGCCUAUGAUUUCUAUAUUUAGUAUUAGUACGACGAGUAUAUAACAUUAACACAUCCAUCGCAAUCAUACAAUUCAAAAUACAAAACAGACAUAAAAUCGCAGUUGUUUCUAAGGAUUCCUUCAACACUUCAAAAUAUGGCAGAUUUUCCACGAAGAAGAUGGACUACAUCUAAGAUAGCCGUUCCUCGCCGUGGUCGGGUAGAUGAAGAAAUCAACCCAUCUUCAGGGUGGACUAAUGACUUUCCUGGAUUUCAUUGCCUCCUUGUUGAUCUUCCAGGUUUUGAGAAAGACGAUAUCAAGCUGAAUUUCGACGAACCUGGGAUCAUAGAAGUUAGUGGAAGGAGAAAGGUAGAUGAUGAAAAACAAGAGCAUUUUAAAAAGACCUUCAAUGUGCCAGAGGAUGGAGAUGUUGAGAACGGAGAAAUGAUAUUCGAGGGUGGUACACUAAGAGUACGUAUCCCAAAGGCGGCGAAAAAUGGAACGAGCAAACCAAGUAGUGCAGAUGGAGCUUCAACCAAAAACAUCAACACAGAUAAAAAAAAAAGAUACAGAUAUCAACAAUUCUGCUGUAGUUCCAAGCAAGAGUCCUGCUUCUAACAACAAAACGGAAAAGGGAAUGGAUGAUGAACCGGUAGAAUCUAAGACAAAAACUGAGAGCCCUGCUUCAAGUAACGGUACCAUGGGGGCGGAUAUUGAAGAAGCUAAUGCUAAUCAGAGCCUUGCACCAGGCAGUGACACCAAUGAGCCGAAAAAAAUAUCUACUACAGGCAGCAAUGAGAAGAAGACGAAAGAGAUAGAACAGAAAGACGGUGAUCAAGGGCCGAGUUCAGGAGAGGAAAAAAGUUCAAAGACAUCUGUACUAGUAAAGAUUGCUGAGAACAAAGGGAUUCUUUUAGCAUCCAUUAUAUCAUUUACACUUGGGAUGUUACUGUCUCACAAAAUGCACCCAUCACCAACUUAAUAAUUCUGUUUCUGUUCUGCUUCUUUAUAAAUUGUAUUGAUUGUUCGCAUGAACAAUGAUCAACAUGUGUUUAUUAGACCUUAUAUAUUUUCGGAUUCAUAUUGUAAUUGUCUAACAAAUGAAGUUAUACAUACAACAUUAGAGCAUAAGACAUAUCCCAAGUAUAAAUGAAGUGGUGCUAAUGAAUGUAAUGACAAACCAUCUCUUUCUAUGUUGCUACUGAAUAAUGUAAUGGAAGUUUUAUAUCAUUCAUCUUAA